GGGCAACGGAGCCAGGGGGUUGUGCUGUGGCACCACCCGGUUAUUAUCAACAGGGAGUUGUGAUUGAUCCAGCAACACAGGAAAACCCACCACCUCGACAACUGAGCCAACAUGAAGAGGAUCCAAACGGACUUCGGUCCCUUCAGGAACAAGGGAAAACGUAACAAAUUCACCAGCAGAUAGUGACACACUCGCUCCUCCUCACCCACACGUUGGCUCCGCAGCCCCCACCAAUGCAUUACCCAUGUGGCUGGGAGAGGGGAAAAGGAGUUGGCCUCAGGACCAGGCGGUUGGGUGCACGCGGAGGGAGUUGGCCUCAGGACCAGGCGGUUGGGUGAGACCGGAGGCAGUUGGCCUCAGGACCAGGCGGUUGGGUGCGCGCGGAGGGAGUUGGCCUCAGGACCUGGCAGUUGGGUGCGCGAGGAGGGAGUUGGCCUCAGGACCUGGCGGUUGGGUGCGCGCGGAGGGAGUUGGCCUCAGGACCAGGCGGAGGGAGUUGGCCUCAGGACCAGGCGGUUGGGUGCGCGCGGAGGGAGUUGGCCUCAGGACCAGGCGGAGGGAGUUGGCCUCAGGACCAGGCAGUUGGGUGCGCGCGGAGGGAGUUGGCCUCAGGACCUGGCGGUUGGGUGCCCGCGGAGGGAGUUGGCCUCAGGACCUGGCGGUUGGGUGCGCGCGGUGGGAGUUGGCCUCAGGACCAGGCGGUUGGGUGCGCGCAGAGGGAGUUGGCCUCAGGACCAGGUGGUUGGGUGCGCGCGGAGGGAGUUGGCCUCAGGACCUGGCGGUUGGGUGCGCGCGGAGGGAGUUGGCCUCAGGACCUGGCGGUUGGGUACGCGCGGAGGUGGUUAGCCUCAGGACCUGGCGGUUGGGUGCGCGCGGAGGUGGUUGGCCUCAGGACCUGGCGGUUGGGUGCGCGCGGAGGGAGUUGGCCUCAGGACCAGGCGGAGGGAGUUGGCCUCAGGACCAGGCGGUUGGGUGCGCGCGGAGGUGGUUGGCCUCAGGACCUGGCGGUUGGGUACGCGCGGAGGUGGUUAGCCUCAGGACCUGGCGGUUGGGUGCGCGCGGAGGUGGUUGGCCUCAGGACCUGGCGGUUGGGUGCGCGCGGAGGGAGUUGGCCUCAGGACCUGGCGGUUGGGUGCGCGCGAAGGGAGUUGGCCUCAGGACCUGGCGUUGGGUGAGCGCGGAGGGAGUUGGCCUCAGGACCAGGCGGUUGGGUGCGCGCGAAGGGAGUUGGCCUCAGGACCUGGCGUUGGGUGAGCGCGGAGGGAGUUGGCCUCAGGACCAGGCGGAGGGAGUUGGCCUCAGGACCUGGCGGUUGGGUGCGCGCGGAGGGAGUUGGCCUCAGGACCGCGCGGAUGGAGUUGGCCUCAGGACCAGGCGGUUGGGUGCGCGCGGAGGGAGUUGGCCUCAGGACCAGGCGGUUGGGUGAGCGCGGAGGGAGUUGGCCUCAGGACCAGGCAGAGGGAGUUGACCUCAGGACCAGGCGGUUGGGUGCGCGCGGAGGGAGUUGGCCUCCGGACCAGGCGGUUGGGUGCGCGCGGAGGGAGUUGGCCUCAGGACCAGGCGGUUGGGUGCGCGCGGAGGGAGUUGGCCUCAGGACCUGGCGGAGGGAGUUGGCCUCAGGACCAGGUGGUUGGGUGCGCGCGGAGGGGGUUGGCCUCAGGACCAGGCGGAGGGAGUUGGCCUCAGGACCAGGCGGUUGGGUACGCGCGGAGGGAGUUGGCCUCAGGACCAGGCGGUUGGGUACGCGCGGAGGUGGUUGG